AUGCACUCCAGAGGGAAUGUCAAGUCCAUGGGGGACCCCCUGUCAGACUGCAGCCCUCUCAUCAGCGCAGCAUCCAUGGGUAAGCUUCGCCUGGUCCGCCUGCUGGUGGAAGGCGGGGCUCAGGUCAAUGGGCACAACCCAGGAGGAGAGACCGCUCUCCUGGCUGCCUGUAAGGCCCUGAGAGGGGAGCCAACUGGGCCCGAGACGGUGAAACUCCUCACAUAUCUGCUCCAGAACAAGGCAGACCCAAAUGCACAGGACCGGGCUGGACGCACUGCCCUUAUGUACGCCUGUAUGGAGCGGGCAGGAGCUCAGGUGGCAUCCACCCUGGUGGCUGCAGGAGCCGAACCCUGCAUGGAGGACUACUCUGGAGCCUCAGCACUGGUUUAUGCCAUCAAUGCACAGCACCAGCCGACACUGAAGGUGUUGAUGGAUGCCUGCCGGGCCAGGGGUCGUGACAUCAUCAUCAUCUCCACGGAGAUGGGCGUGAAUGGAGGCCCAGUGACCAGGCGUUAUCUGAAUGUUCCUCCAUCUCCUGACACCUCACCAGUGUCCUGCAUGUCCCCGUCCGACAUUGUCCUCAAGACGGGUUCCCCGAACUCUCCUGAGGGAGAAAACGUUUUCAACUUCAGAGGAACUAGCAAAAGAGGAAGUAGCAGCAGCAGCAGCAGCAGACAUCCCUCCUGUGAGCUGAGUCCGUUGAGCCAGUGUAGCAGUCCACCGCCCAGGCAGAGAAUGUUAUCUGAGCCGUGGCUGGCCAUUCACAACCUGGCCUGUCUGAACCGGGCUUAUGAGGAGGGAGUGAGGGAGAGGGGAAACAGAAAGGAUUCAAGAGUGGGGAGAGGAGGGAGGGAAGAUGAGGAAGGUGAAGAUGAGAAGCCAAAUUUUCACCAGUCUGAGAUGGAAGAGGGGUCGGACAGUGUGGCUCAAAGGAGGGAUAACAGAUAUGGAGGAAAAAAUUACAACAGCUUCCACGGAGAUGUCCUUCCGAGGGUUUCUCAGUCUGUCCUCUCCCUCACAGAGAUGAUCUCAGGGAGAAGCACGGUCCCCAAGAGGUGUUUGACGCCCGUAUCUUCAACAUGGGACAAAAUUACUCAAAAAAGUGACCAGCUUCCUGUCCGUCUGUCUCCUUACUCCCAACUCCGCAGGAACACCCUCCCCUCUGUCAUGGUGGUUCCUCCUCUGCUUCACCUCCCUCCCUUAGUCAAUCAAUCAGACUCUCACCUCCAGGUUCCAACCCAGCUUUCACCUUCCAAAAGCAGGAGCAUGGUGUUUCUGCCUCACCCACCCAGUUCUCGUCCACCUUCCUCUUCCUCCAGAGCACCCGCAAGACCAGGAUUACUCCCUCCGCUGCCGCCCACCUCCUCCCUCACCUCCCUAGUUGCUCCCCAUGCCUCCUGCUGCAGUGAGAGGAACAGGAGGUCGCUGCGUCGCCAUUCAGUACAGUUUGAACAGAUCAGAGGAGGAGAAACCAUUUAG